AUGAGUGCAAUUUUUAUGAUGAUAAUAACCGAGUUAUCAACUUUGAUCCAAUUGAAAACUCACUGUUCCUACAUAAUCGGUGUUCUUUUAGUAAUUGCACUUCAACAUCAGAAGGAAGUUGCAUUUACUUCAAAAUUGGUAGUAAUAGUUCUAUUGUUCAACGAAAAUUCUGUUGUACAAAAUGCCAAAGCCAAGUACAAGGCCACUUUUCAUAUACAAAAGUUGACAAAGAUAACUUAA